GCCGAGCAAGAUAAGAGGCAGUGUGCCUUUCCUUGUCCCAUAAUGCGGCUUCAACCAGUAUGUGGAUCAGAUGGCAAUACAUAUCCUAAUGCCUGCAUAUUGAGACAGACUGCUUGUCAGUUCGGACAGAAAAUCAAGAUUGCUCACAAAGGAUCUUGCAAACCAAAGUGCCAAACUAAAUGCACACUGGAAUACAACCCUCAAUGUGGUACAAAUGGUAAAACAUAUGGUAACCCAUGUCAAUUGAAAAUCGCCUUGUGUGAAAGUGAUGGAAAAGUGAGACUGGCUCAUCAUGGAGAGUGUAAAAUCACAGGACCUGAGCAAGAUGAGACGUGUGCUGUUCCUUGCCCCAAAAGACGACUUCCUCCAGUAUGUGGAUCAGAUGGCAAAACAUAUCCC